CCGCCACCAAUCCCGCCACCCUUUCCCACCUGCCUGCGCUGCUGGCCAGCCCAUCGUCAUGUCGGGCUUCGCAAAUUCCUUCUGGUCUGGCGACUAUGCCGGAGGCCUGGGCGUGCUCUUCGGCAAGCUCCAGCAGGGCGUGCAAGAGAAUGAGCAGGUCCUCACUAUCGCCCGUAUGCGCGCCGAGGCCGAGGACGUCUACGGCCAGCGCCUGGGCGAAAUCGCACCUGCCACCGACAAGACGUCGGGCGGCUUUGGGCGCGAUGACGGCGCCAGCGUGCGCAAGGCCUACGAGGGCAUGCGCAGCGAAAUGGAGGCCGCCUCGCAGAGUCACCGCAAGAUUGCCUCUAAUAUCCGCGACCUCGUCAUAACCCCCUUCAGCCGUUGGUGUGAAGCCCACGCCGCGCGCGUGCAGAACUCGCAAGACGACCUCCAGUCCCGUAUCAAGGUCCACGACAAGCAGGCCGACGCCGUCAGGAAAUUCCGCAGCCAGUACUACAACAAGUGCCGCCUGGUCGAGGACUUGGAGGAAGAGGACAAGCUGGCCUUCCAGGAGCCCAUCCCGGAGACUGCUCAGAGCCCCAAGAACAACAUCCCUACUGUGCGCCUGUCGGAGCCCGAGGACCAAGAUGACGAACCCAUCGAGCUGGGCGACCAGACGUACCAGCCCGAAGACGUCAAGAAAAUCCUCACGCACAUGCUCGAGAACAUCAAGCUCGGCGAGUACAAGCUGCCCAUCAUCGGCACCUAUCAGAACGUCUCGACCGGCGCCGACAUCACCGAGUACAUCCAGAAGCACAUGGGCGCCACCACCGUCGGCUACGCCGAAAAGAUUGGCCAGGACCUUGUCGGCAACGGCUUCCUCCGCCUGCUCGGCACUGUGGGCAACAACUUUGCAAACAGCUCCAAGAUGAACUAUCAGUGGAGGCCAAAGGUCUUCAGACUCACCGGCAUCCCCGAAAAGAAGAAGCCACUUGAGCGCAUAUCCUCAACCAUGUCUUCGGACAGCAUGACGGCCGACACGCCCUCGAGCGCCGUCAGCGAGUACCUGUCCGGCUGGAACCCCCUCAACAACCCCCGGCCUAACGAGACGCCCUCCGACAAGCUUCGUCGCGAGGCCCGCGAGGCCGAUGAACGCUACAAGGCCUCUGUCAAGAAGCUGGAUGCUCUCCGCUGCAACCUGGAAGAGGCUAUGGUCGACAAUCUCAAGUUCAUGGAGAGGUGCGAAUUGGACCGCCUAAAGGCUAUCAAGGCCGUGAUUCUGGAUUUCUCGGGCGCCAUCAGCAAUGUCAUCCCGGCCCUGCAGAGCACCGUUGACAACAUGAUGCUGUUCCAGGAGACGGUGCAGCCCCUGGGUGACCUGAGGUAUCUCUUGGAGAACUACCGAACCGGUCACUUUGUGCCCAAGGUCCUCACUUACGAGAACUACUACAACUCUGUUGAUGAGCAAACGUUUGGUGUCGACCUCGAGGCUAGGGCUCGCUCGGAUCGCAAGCGCGUGCCCAUCAUCGUCACUACGAUUCUGACUUUCCUUGACAACCACUACCCCGAUCUGGAAGGCGACGAGGCCCGCCGCGGCAUAUGGCUGGUCGACGUGCCUCUCGCCGCUACUCACCACCUCCGCUCCGCCAUCAACACCGGCCAGCCCAUUGAACAUGAUGUCCUUGAUAAGUAUGAGAUACCCAUCGUUGCCAGCGUUCUGAAAUUGUAUCUUCUGGAGUUGCCAGAUUCUCUUGUGUCUUCUCACGUCUACGAAAUCAUCAAGACCAUCUACAGUCAGACUGCGCCUUCUACGACCGAAGAGACCCGCAUUUCCGUUAUUCAGUCCACCCUUGGACAGCUCCGCUUGGCCAACAUUGCCACUCUGGACGCCAUCACGACUCACUUUGUCCGGCUCAUUGAGCUCACCUCGGCCGACGAGACUUACAUUGCGACCCUUGCGCAGACACUGUCCCCGUGUAUCUUGCGCCCGCGGCAAGAGAACUCGCUUACCAUGAACGAACGCUACAGCUACCGCCUUAUCCGCGAUCUCUUCGCGCACAAAGACGCCAUUUUCGGCGAGCUGAAGCGCGCUUCGGCGUUGACUCACAGCAACUCGGGUGCCUCUAGGCCGCGCGCCAUAAGCACGGAUGAGAGCAACCGCCGCCUGGCCAUGGAGGAACGGCAGCGCGCCAUUGCUUCGCGCAGCAGCCGCGCUCCGAGCCCGGCUGCGAGCCCGCGGAUCCAUCGGCGGGAUCGAAGUUCUGGAGCAGAGACUCGAUUUCCCAUCCAGACUAGCCCUACCGAGCGCCGUACCACCGGUCCGAGCAGAAAUUCACUUGAAGUUCCCGGCUCCGCGGAAGGUUCGCCCGUCAUCAAUGAUUACUCUCCCCCGAAGCCCACGGCAAAUGGUUCCGCUUCAACUACCAGCACAAGUUCGAACCGAGACAGCGCAUCGACAACCAUUUCCGCCUCUAACCGGGACAGCAUCACUUCUGACGGCUCGUCCACACCCACCUCCGCUACCGUUGAAAAGCGCAACUCUUUCAACCGAUCCAGCGUCACGGCCUCGCGAUUCCCUCGUAAGCCCGGAAGCUUGGCAAGACACAGCCUGAUCAGCAACAAGCGCGACAGCAUGGGCAGCAUGAGAGAUGGCGAGACGCCGAGUUCGCCGGCGGUCGAGGAGCAGAGGCCGGUUGGUGUCGAGUUGGUGGACAAGCCCAUGGAUGACUAAAUGCUACGAUCCUGCCAUGUCAAUGACUGCACGAUCCAAGUGCGAUGACAAGUUUUCCUUUGGGGGCUACAGUUUUUUCGCUUCUCGUAAAUGAUAUCAUACAGUGUAUUAUAGGCGCUGAUUAAGCUAGGAUGGAAUGGAGAGUACGGAUCUAGGACGCUC